UAGAGCAAAAUAACCAUAUUAAAUUAACUAAGUUUAAAGAUAACAUUUAUUUAUAUAACUACUAGACUGGAUAAUAUCAGGAAUCAAUCACACAGUAUUAUUGUAAACAAAUCAUCAAUUUUUAGUAAUCUACGAAUCUCAACUUUAAUCAGCUCAUCGUCUUCCUGUUUUCGAUUUAUAAAAACUUGAUCUAAAUUGGGACAAUACUACAUAUUUAAGAGCCACCUUUAAAAUUAGUUUGUAGCUGUUCUUGAAUAUAUGAAUAAUCUUAAUCUUAAAUUAACACAAUGCAGUAUUAUCCGUGCACCAUUCAAAAACAAGGAAGGAAGGGCGAAUGCAACAACAAAUUUAUUUUGUAGUAGAGCAAAUUAAAAAUAUAUUAUUAGACACUAAUAGAAAUAGAGAGGGAGAAGAAAAUAUGACAAUUACGACGAUAUUUUUUAUCACGGUACUAUUAAAUUCUUGAGCUGAAUCGUCGAAGGACGUAGAGGGUGAUAAUCACCAUCAUCUCAAUAAUCUCAUGCCAUGAAUGUGGAGAGAAUUUCUCAAGAUUGUAACCCAAGUAAAUUUUUGGUGUACUCCUGCCUAUUCGUUUUCACAAUACUGUUGGCCUUGCGACAAGACGGAGUAAUAACAUGGAGCUACUGGAUAAUAUUCACGCCUAUUUGGGUGUGGAAGACGACUACGGUGCUGGGGGCGGUGGUAGGGAGUUUCAUCUGGUGGAGACAUCCCCACUAUCGAAUCGAGGGGGAGGCUUAUAUCCAAUAUAAAGCGAUGAUUAUCACAUUUGCUCUGCAUUUGCUGUUAUUGUUAUUUGAACUGUUAGCCUGCGACAAUCUGGAAUCGCAAAGACACUUUUGGAUCCUGGUUUUUAUCCCGUUGAUCUUUAUAUCAAUCAUAUCCAUUGCAAUUUGUAUCUGGGCAGUGAAGAACGAUCGAUCAUUUGAUUUGGAAUUAUUCUGUUCCGUCAACAUCCUUCAAUUCAUCUUUCUUGCCUUGAGACUCGACAAUUUUAUUCAAUGGACCUGGGAAGUUAUCUUUGUGCCGAGCUGGAUCCUACUCUGCGUUUCACUCGUCGGAGUUUUGUACAGUAUCAUUUUCGCUGGAAUCAUUUUUCGUGCCCCAGAAGUAAGUGCAGAACAGAGAAGAAAUUCGACGAGUGCAGCUAUCGGGCACACUUUUCUUGUCGUCCCUGUCUUAGUCUUUCAGGUACUCUUAACAAACAAAUUGGACGGGGAUAUAAAUAUUAGUUAUAUGGGUGUAAUAUCACCACUGUGUCUCACCUUUGCGGGUCUGAUAUUAAUGUCGCUUAGUAAUAAGCGAAGUAAUAAAUGGUGGUUCGGAAUACGGAAAAGCUUCUGUCACUUUCUUUUAGACAUAUGUCCCUGUUUCCAAGAGUAUUGUAAUAUAUCAUACAGUGUUCAAAGUCAAGAUGAAGAAAAUCAUCACCGAAGAGAGAAUAAUGCGACUGAGCCUGGAACAUCAGCAUCGGAGUCUCAAUCACAAAAACUUAAAACUGUUAUCCUAGCCUCCAAAUUGAACAAACCUGUUGUCCCAAUAAUAUCUGUUGAAACUCCGGAUUAAAAAUUCAAUAUAAACCGUACAUCAUAAGUACACACACAUACAUACACACACACAUCUCCUUAUACAUCGUGAUAUAUCUACAUUAAAAUUACAACCCCGUUAUACCUUAUAGAAAAAUAAAUAUAACAAAGUGACAUACAUAUAUAUGUAUUAGGAUAUAUGAUAAAUUCCGAUAUUUAUUGAACGAAGAAAUCAACAUUGACAAUGCUGUUGUGCUAAUUUCCUGGAAAUAACGCGUUUACCACCACCACUACGGGUGUAUAUGCAUGUACGUAAUAAUAAUAAUAAUAUAAUGUGGCCUGAACAACCAAUAAAGAAUGCAAUUAAAUUCAAAAGAA